AUGGCUCCCCAUGCAAAAUUGUCCAACAUCCUCGCUUUCGUGCUCACGGGAAUAUCAACAUGUGUGGUAGCUCUGAGAUUCUACAGCCGCCACUUUCUGGUCGGGAAGCUUAGCUCCUCAGAUUGGGUCAUGUUCAUUGCGCUGAUUUGUACGUGGGGUUCAGUAGUCGUCAAUUGGUACAUGGUACACUUCCUGGACUAUACUCAGGUCCAUGAUAGAGAUUCCUUUGCGAAGGUUGCGACUGGCUCGCUCCUGUCAUUCUGGGUCUACCGAGUGACCUAUAUCCUCGACCUGUGCCUUAUAAAGACGUCUAUCCUGCUCUUCUAUAGCCAUAUUGCAGCUUCGAAUAAACAUUUUCACGGCGUAGUCCGUAUACUGUUCGCUGUCAUCUUACUCGGCGGUCUUUCGAUGAUUUUCGCUGCGGUCUUCAACUGCUACCCAAUCUCGGAUGCAUGGUCAUUUGAAGUUUUUGAGCGAGGAAUCGAUGGCAUUCAUGCAACGCAAUGCUACAAUCCGGGACCCUUCUGGCUGUUUAACGCUGGAUACAACCUCGUCACCGAUGCUAUGAUCUGGACGCUGCCGAUACUAUUCCUUUUGAACCUGCAAUCUAUGCCCCUGAGGCGUCGCAUAGAACUCCUUGCUAUUUUCUCAGUCGGUCUCACAGCUAUCAUAGCUUCCGCUGUUCGGCUUCGCACUAUGGUCCUCUGGCUCAGCGACUUCAAGAAUCAGGGCGAAAAUACUGCGAACCUUCUCCUGUGGAGUCAAGUAGAGCAGCAUACCGGUAUCUGUGCAGCUUCACUGCCGUUUUUACGACCACUUUUCCGCAAGGCUUUGACGAGGGUUCGAAGCAGAGAGCAGCCGAGUCCUAAUCCAGUGCCAUUCUUGGUUGGAGGUGGGACAUCAGAUGAUCCAGCGAUGAUCAGAACGCCAAUUAUACCCUCGCCAACCCCUACAGUAGCGAGUGACAAAGAGUUCCGGAUACCACGAGAUAAUCUCCUGCCCAUUCAGCCGAAUAGUGACGCAUGGGGCGCGGCCAUAUGGGACGGAAGUCAAGCUCGGCAGGUUCUCCCUAGCUGA